AGUCCGCUCAAACACCGCCACCUAUCUCAUCACUCCUAAUUUAAAACAUUUAAUCACUCUCUUCUCCUCACAAACACAACGCCAAACCCUCUCCAAUCUCAACCCUUUUCCUCUCCUCUCACCGCCGCCACAACCACCGUCACCACCCCCGCCUCCGCCGCCAAGAUGGGCAAGGGUGGAUCUUUAAGCGACAGCGUUUUGAAGAAGAUCUUACUCUCCUACACCUAUGUAGCAAUCUGGAUCUUCCUGUCAUUCACAGUCAUCGUCUACAACAAAUACAUCCUAGACAAAAAGAUGUACAAUUGGCCCUUCCCCAUUUCUCUAACGAUGAUCCACAUGUCGUUUUGUGCCACUUUAGCUGUCGUUCUUAUCAAAGUUUUCAAAGUUGUGGAGCCGGUGACCAUGUCUCGGGAGCUUUAUUUAUCCUCCGUUGUGCCCAUUGGUGCCCUUUAUUCUCUCAGUCUCUGGUUAUCUAACUCUGCUUACAUUUAUUUAUCUGUCUCUUUUAUUCAGAUGCUCAAAGCUUUGAUGCCUGUGGCUGUGUAUUCCAUUGGGGUUUCUCUUAAAAGAGAGACUUUUAAGACUGAUACCAUGGUUAAUAUGUUGUCAAUUUCUCUUGGUGUGGCUGUUGCUGCUUAUGGGGAGGCUAGAUUUGAUUCGUGGGGUGUUUUUUUGCAAUUGGGUGCUGUUGCUUUUGAAGCUACUAGGUUGGUUUUGAUUCAAAUCUUGCUCACUUCUAAGGGGAUUACUCUUAAUCCUAUUACCUCUCUUUAUUAUGUUGCUCCUUGUUGUUUGGUUUUCUUGUUUAUUCCUUGGAUCUUUGUUGAGUACCCCAUUUUGAAGGAGAGUUCGAGUUUCCAUUUCGAUUUUGUUGUUUUCGGGACCAAUUCUUUCUGUGCUUUCGCUUUGAAUCUUGCUGUGUUCUUGCUUGUUGGAAAGACCUCUGCUUUGACCAUGAAUGUGGCUGGUGUUGUUAAGGAUUGGCUGUUGAUUGCGUUUUCGUGGUCCGUUAUUAAGGAUACUGUUACCCCGAUUAACCUCGUUGGAUAUGGACUUGCGUUUUUGGGUGUUGCGUACUACAAUCAUGCCAAAUUGCAGGCAUUGAAGGCUAAGGAGGCGCAGAAGAAGUCUCAACAGACCGACGAGGAGGAGGCUGGAAGAUUGUUGGAGGAGAGGGAAGGAGAAGUAGUAGCGGGGAAGAGAAGCGAAUCACAAGACUAAAUCUUUACUUUAAGAGAGAUAAAUUUAGUUCUGAUGUUGGAUGGAGAGUAUCGGAAAAUAAGAGCAAAGGGAAGAAGAUGCGGUGGUACUAUGGUUCGGUCUUGGAUGCAAAGGGAAUGUAAGGCUGUCUCGGCUUUGAUUUGCUCAUUCGGUAAUGAUGUUUUAUAGGUUUAUGUUUGGUUAUGCUAGUUAUGGAUGUUAGUAAUGUUAGGGCUUUGAGAUCCAUAUCUCAAAUUCCCUGUAUUUUUUCUUCUUUAUUUUUGAUCAUUUAUAUUACUCUUGUUUAUGUAGGAACCUUUAUCAUUUAUGAACCUUUACUGCCUAUUUAUUCA